AGUCUCAGAGGUAAACAUCCUCGCCCACAGGGUAAAGGGCAAAGUCAGCUGAUGUAUUCGGUACCGCGUACUUAUAAUAUUUACUGAUAUUAUUAUUAUUAUUAUUAUUAUUAUUAUUAUUAUUAUUAUUUCUGUGUGUAAGUUAAACACACAGGCGAUCUCGACAUGGCGGUAUAAAGACACACUGACGGGCGGUAUCUACGCCAUGCACAGUGCUGCUGUCUGACGGGUGCAGUGAUGGCUCAUCCAGAGCAGGACUGUGAGAAGCGUUUCCAGGCUGCCGUUGGUGUCGUGCACAGCCUGCCCAAGAAAGGAGUCUACCGGCCGUCCCACGAGGUCAUGCUCCGAUUUUACAGCUUCUACAAGCAGGCCACCUGCGGGCCCUGCGCAGCCCCCCGGCCCGGGUUCUGGGACCCCAUCGGCCGCUACAAGUGGGACGCCUGGAAGCGGCUGGGAGGCAUGAGCAGGGAGGGGGCGAUGAGGGAGUACGUGGAGGAGAUGAAGAGAGUGGCUCAGGAGCAGGUCAUCGACACCGUGCCCAUGAAUGAGAAGACAGCCUCCAUGUUCCAUCACUUCCAGCCUCUCUACCACGUGAUCCACGACAUGCCCAGGCCUCCAGACACUCUCCUCCAGCAGACCGGGGGUGAGCUGGAGGGCAGCGUACGUGACGAGUGGAGUGGGGAUUGUGAACCCCAGGGGAACGGGCCGGUGUGGGGGGUCAGCGGACAGCCAGACGCAAGGGCGGAGUUUAACCAGGAGAGUAACCAUGUGACCAGCGACUCGGAGAGCGAGGUGUUCUGUGACACCAUGGAGCAGCUGGACACCGACAAGCAGGGGGAGCCCCAGAGUGAUUCUUCAGCAUCAGAGCUCCAGAGUCCGCUCAACCCUAUCGCCGCGGCAACACAGGCAGGGGCGGGCCAAGGCGGAGAGAGGGCAGGCCCAGGAGGUGAGGGGGCGGGCCCCGGAGAGGGAGAGCCAAUGAGGAAGAAGGGAGCUUUGGGGGACGGACGGCAGAGUCACAGGAGUGAGAGACGCCAGCGGAGCUCAGGGGGCGUGGUCAGGGAUGAGAGGGGUGUGGCAGGAGCAGGGGGAGGGGCUGGGGAAGGAGGACCUGAGAGAGGACACCCUGGCGCUCUGGAGCAGCAGAUCGCCCUGGCACUGCAGAGGCUGCAGGAGGACAUGCGCUGCGCCAGGGACAGGCUGCAUGCACUGGAGCAGAGAGCAGACAUGCAGCAGGGCCCCUCCUGGUGGCUGCCUGCUCUCUCUGGACGCUCCCUCAUCUUCCUCCUGCUCUGGCCCUUCCUGGCUCAGUGGCUGACUCACCUCCUCCGACGCGGGCGCAAGAAGAUGCAGAGAGCAACAUGAGAGGAGAACCCAGCCCAGCCCAGCCCAGCCCAGCCCAGCUAUAAAGUGUACAUUUACUUUGCAUAUAAUUAGGCUAAUUUUGCUGCAAAACUGUUUUUCUGAUUUUUAGUUAGUGACAGUUUCGUGGUCACACACAUUUCAUGUUUUCCAGCCUGUGAACCAGAAGGCUGUUGCACGCAAUGCUUCAGUCAGCCUUUACAGCGACCAGCUGCUCUGUCACAUCAGGGUUUGACUGAAGGACCAGAGAGAGCUGGCUCAGAGCUGCCUGUCCGUUCAGGGUCUAAAGGUGCAGAAACACUAAGAGAAACGAAACUCUUUCAGUCCUGAAUUGUUUGUGUUACUUUUUCAUGAAAAAAAAAACUUCUUGUCGAAAUGUUUGUCAUUUGUUUAGUUUCGUUCAGUGUUACUCAGUUCAGCUCUAGUGGGUGUUUAAUAUAAAGAUAAUCACAGUUUGAAAACAUGUUAUUUCCUCUCACCAGAGAGACAUCGUUCUCUUAGUCAGUUUCAUGCUGUCUGUCGAUUUUUAACUUUUCCAGACGUUUUGAUUUCUGCGUUGGCUCCUGUGAAGUGCAGCUCAUCUUUCCACUUCCUGUGUUCAAGACCCCCUGUGGUUUCCUGUGGGGGUCUUACAGCAGUGUCACACAGGAAGUGAACUGGUAGUGUUGUAGCUGGGAAUAAAAUGUGUAUUAUUGGAAGUCGGGAAUGUUUCUAGGAGAAGAGAUUCUGCACCCCUCAGCACCCAGCAGUGUUUAAAUCUUUUCAUGAUUGCAAAAAUGCACUUUGAGAGAAAUGCUGGUCUGCUGUACGUUGGUAAAGCUGGUUAUUAAACACAGAGUUUCAAAAACGAGUGCUGUGCCGUGUGAUUCAGCUGAGCUGAGUGAAGCGGAGUCCGGUUUCAGUGGUUCAGUUUCAGUGGUUCAGUUUCAGUGGUUCUGACGGUUCAGUUUUAGUGGUUCUGACGGUUCAUUUUCAGUGGUUCAGUUUCAGUGGUUCUGACGGCUCAUUUUCAGUGGUUCAGUUUCAGUGGUUCUGAUCGGGUUCAGUUUCAGUGGCUCAGUUUCAGUGGUUCUGACGGCUCAGUUUCAGUGGUUCUGACUGGGUUCAGUUUCAGCGGCUCAGUUUCAGUGGUUCUGACCGGGUUCAGUUUCAGUGGCUCAGUUUCAGUGGUUCUGACGGCUCAGUUUCAGUGGUUCUGACCGGGUUCAGUUUCAGUGGCUCAGUUUCAGUGGUUCUGACCGGGUUCAGUUUCAGUGGUUCAGUUUCAGUGGUUCUGACGGCUCAGUUUCAGUGGUUCUGACGGUUCAGUUUCGGUGGUUCUGACGACUCAGUUUCAGUGGUUCUGACGGUUCAGUUUCAGUGGUUCUGACGGUUCAGUUUCAGUGGUUCUGACGGCUCAGUUUCAGUGGCUCAGUUUCAGUGGUUCUGACCGGGUUCAGUUUCAGCGGCUCAGUUUCAGUGGUUCUGACCGGGUUCAGUUUCAGUGGCUCAGUUUCAGUGGUUCUGACGGCUCAGUUUCAGUGGUUCUGACCGGGUUCAGUUUCAGUGGCUCAGUUUCAGUGGUUCUGACGGCUCAGUUUCAGUGGUUCUGACCGGGUUCAGUUUCAGUGGUUCAGUUUCAGUGGUUCUGACGGCUCAGUUUCAGUGGUUCUGACCGGGUUCAGUUUCAGUGGCUCAGUUUCAGUGGUUCUGACCGGGUUCAGUUUCAGUGGUUCUGACCGGGUUCAGUUUCAGUGGUUCAGUUUCAGUGGUUCUGACGGCUCAGUUUCAGUGGUUCUGACCGGGUUCAGUUUCAGUGGCUCAGUUUCAGUGGUUCUUCCCGGGUUCAGUUUAAGUGGCUCAGUUUCAGUGGUUCUUCCCGGGUUCAGUUUCAGUGGCUCAGUUUCAGUGGUUCUGACCGGGUUCAGUUUCAGUGGCUCAGUUUCAGUGGUUCUGACCGGGUUCAGUUUCAGUGGCUCAGUUUCAGUGGUUCUGACUGUGUUCAGUUUCAGUGGCUCAGUUUCAGUGGUUCUGACCGGGUUCUCUUUGGGUUUCACCGUCACUCUGGUCCUGUGUGACAGCACAAGCACGUCAGACUGACUGCAGCUGUUUUAUUUGCACACAAGUCAGGCCUUCAUCUCACUGUGAAGUUUUACAGUGGAGUGCUUGGGUUGACUCGGAGAGGCAUGAAUGAUCAUUUCCAAUUACAGCCCAUCCAGCCCCAACACAGCUUCUGCGUCUAAAGGCUGCUCCCUACACUGUAAUCACAGCACACACGAAGCGAUACGGUCCAGGACCCAGACUCCCCUGCAAACCAGCGCCAGGAAGUGCACUUCAACCAAGAGAGCAUCAGUGAAGACACUGAAGAAAACUGCUGCGGCCUCUUCAGUGGGAGCUACUCUGUAAAGAGCAUCUGCAAACCCAGGGUCUUACAGAGGCAAAAGCUAAGCCUGUAGCUCCCUUCCUCCAGAGCAAGACACCCAGUAACCCCACACACUGAGUGCUGGUCAUGUGCUGAGAGGGAGCAGGCUGCAGAGAGAGAGGCAGGGUGCGGGUCCACUCUCGCACAGCAGCUGCACCCAGCGACCCCCAGGGUUUACUGCAAUAACCAAGACCUGCAUCUGCCCUCCGCCCUGCCCUGCCCUCUGCCCUGCCCUCCACCCUCCCUGCUGCUCCCUACUGCAGUGCAGUUUUACGUUUGACUCUUGCUAACCAGUGGGGACUGCCUAUCUUCAGAUGUCACUGCCCGUUUACAGUGGAAUAGCCCACAAAGCUGUCUGAUUUAAUUUAUAUUAGGGGCAGUGGUGGUGGUAAAAUGAUUGGAAUACAGACUCCCUCCCUCCCUUAUCUCUCUUCUCCUCCCUCCCUCCACUUGUCAUGAAGGACCUUCUUAGCACAAUUUAUAAAAUGCAUUCAGAACCUGCAUUGAAUUUAUUUUUUAACGCCCCCCCCCCC